AUGUCCACAGGAAGGAAGAGGCCACGUGGAGAGGUGGGAUCGCCAGCCGGCGAUGGAUCCCCGCGCGGACGACACGACGCCUUCUUCGCCUGGCUUCUCGGGACAACGCAGCGGGAAUUCUUUCGGCACUACUUUGAAAAGAAGCCGCUGCACUUUUCGCACGGGGCGGCGACGCACUUCACUGAGCCCCACGCUGCACUGCCGGCAGUGAGGUGGUCAACGGAGCUCAUGCUUCGGCUCGCCGCCGAGAAGUCGCUGUCGCACGCAACAGACGUUAGCGUUGUCCGUUUUGACGCGGCGCAUAAGAAGCGCAUUUCGUUUCGCUCGCAGGGCACCGUGACGGAAGAAGAGAUGCGGUGCUGCAUGCGGAAGGGAUGGUCCGUGCGGUUCUUGCGUCCACAGGAAUACGUGGCCGAGAACUCCGCGGUGCUCGUGCUUCUGGAGGAAAUAUUUGGCUGCUUCUGCGGGCUGAACAGCUACUGGACGCCGGCAAACAGUCAAGGGUUUGCGCCGCACUACGACGAUGUGGAUGUCUUUCUGCUGCAGCUCGAAGGGGAGAAGGAGUGGCGCCUGUACGACCCUCCCGCGACGGUGGAUGUUCUCAGUCGACAUUCCAGCGAGGACUACGCCCCCGAGCAGCUUCCAAAGCCAAAGCAGACGCUUCGCCUCGUUGCCGGUGACGUGCUUUACAUGCCCCGUGGCACGGUGCAUCAGGGGCGGACGUACAGCCACGCCCACUCGCUGCAUGUCACCUUCUCGGCGAAUCAAAUGAAUGCGUGGGCGGACCUGAUGAAACACGCCGUCACCCACGUUGUGGAGAAGUUGGCGGCAAACCAAAUUCACUGGCGGCGGUCGCUUUCACGAUUACUGCCGAAGGCAAUGGGCGCCGUGCACCACCCGGUGCUUCGCGCAGAGGCUGGCCUCCCUCCGCUGACGGAACAGCGACAAAAGCGCCGUCGCAGGCUGCAGUCGACGUUCCAACAAAUGGCGGCCGACGUCUUCCACCACCUGUGCAGCGAAGAGGUCAUGGACGAGUGCUGUGACAUGUACGUGCGAGAAACUGUGGCGAAGCAGCAGCCUUUGCCACCUUCUUCCGUCUGCGGCGCACAACGCAAGGCUCCCGUCGGCAUCAACUCGAUUGUACGUCCCCGCGCUCCCCAUUGUGCAAGGCUGGUGCUUGCCUUUGCAGGGGAGGCGCGCGUAUACCACUGCUGUGGCAACUCGCCUGUAUGCCUCGCCGCGCCGGAGGGUUUGCUGCGUUUUGAAGCGGACUUUGCCCCUGCCAUCGCAACCAUCUUGGCGGCUCCUGAGCGUGGCGUGCGCGUGUCUGACUUGCCGUUCACUGCGUUCGACAAAGUGGACGACGUUCGUGCGAAUCAACUCACGCUGGUGGAGGCCCUGCGCGAUGCAGGCAUCCUCGCUGUCCUGUAG